AUGGCUUCCCCUCAUGAAUCUUCAACUCUAGAUCUCAUCCGUCAACACCUUCUAAUCGACGACUUAUCUUUCCUUCAGAAAUACUCUCUUUCCCACAAAUCACACAACGUUUCUCCCACUCAUUCGUCUUCUUCCCAAUCCUCUUCUCUUGAUAGCCUUCGUGUUAACAAGUCUGUUUCCAUCGAAAGUGGUGUGAGUAAUGGUAACAACAACAGCUUAAAAGAAAGAAAACCGUCUUUACAAAAGCUUUCCAUUCCGUUUCCUCCGCCGGUGGUGGCGCCGGUGAAAGUGGACGAUGUCGACGAGAAGAGACAUUACAGAGGAGUGAGGCAACGACCAUGGGGGAAAUUUGCGGCAGAGAUUCGUGACCCCAACAAGAAAGGAACCAGGGUAUGGCUAGGAACGUUUGACACCGCCAUCGACGCCGCGAAGGCGUAUGAUAGAGCGGCGUUUAAACUUCGUGGUAGUAAGGCUAUUUUGAAUUUCCCACUGGAUAUUGGGUAUGAAGAGGAAGCGGCGGAGGCGCCGGCAGCGAGGAGUAGCUGCCGGAAAAGAGUUGUCAAAGAGACAGAAACGGUGGAUAUGGAAAGCCGAAAGGUACCGAAAGUUGAGCCGGUAACGGAAGAACCCGUCGCCGUUAAGACGGACGCUGGUGUGGGGCCGUUAACUCCGUCAUGUUGGACGGCCGUUUGGGAUUUUGGGGAGGGUAACGGAAAGGGGAUCUUUGAGGUGCCGCCGUUAUCACCUUAUCCUAAUAUAAACUUUUCGUCUGGUUGCAUCGUCACCGCCUUCUUUCACUUUUGUAGGAUAACCCAAUGGAUUAUUCAUAUUGAACAUCGAUCUCAGCCUUCUCUCACUUCAAUACCAAGCCGAUCAACUCAAUCAGGACAUGAAGAUGAUGUCAGGGUGUUAUCUCAGUCGACGAUUGCAUCAACUUAUAUGAAGUGUAGGUCUUGCGCGCUCUUAUCGCCAAUGGUUGUUGCUGCAACGGGUGACCAUCGAACACAACUGCCAUCAUGUAAUUUGGUUUGGGGGGAGACGGAAGGCAAGGGAACACAUGGAAGAGUGUAG